CGCAUGCGCACUGGGCCGAGGCUUCACCACAUUGGAGAUUCCUGCCUCUAACUCUCGGAAGUUUAGCCAAGUUGCAGUGAUUUAGCCCAGCAGGCUAGCAGGAUAAAAGACGGUGCGACCAAAGCAAACUUCGUUUUCAGGGAGAAAAAAGUGGAUAUCGGCGGACUUUUUUAGCCUACAGUGAACCAUGAAGGAUUAUUGAUGGAUUUAAGCUGUUUUUCAUUGUUUCGUUUUCGCAAACGUGAGCGUUAGCCACCUUUGAAAGAAGUUGUGAUUGUUUUUUUGGCGCUCUAGCAACGCAGAGGAAAGAUGGUGGAUCUGCUAGUGUAGCAGCAGGCUAACGCUAGCUAACUUGUUGGUUUACUAGCUAGCGUCGUUUGGUGAUAACCCGGAGUUGUUGGUUCAGUAACGUUAUCUGGAUGUCCGAAAAGUUUGGAUGUUUUCACUCCCCAAUUGCUGUUCAUGUUGGCAAAGCAGAAAAAGCAUGAGUGUCACUCAGGCACUGAGAAUGGAACCAGGGGCACUGGUGGCAGGAUCUAGACAUCAGAUGGUGCUCUGAAGAAGCCAUGGGUAGCUGCUUAAGCUGUCCAGAGAAAGAGUCAAUUCCAGAUAAUCAUCAAAGCAAAUUCAAGGUGAUCAACGUGGACGACGAUGGGAACGAGCUGGGCUCUGGCGUGAUGGAGCUGACUGAGGCCGAGCUGGUCCUCCACACCCAUCGCCGUGACGAUGUCAGGUGGCCCUACUUGUGCCUGCGGCGCUAUGGCUAUGACUCCAACCUCUUCUCCUUUGAGAGCGGCCGCCGCUGCCAAACAGGCCAGGGGAUCUUUGCCUUCAAGUGUGCCCGGGCAGAAGAGAUCUUCAACAUGCUGCAGGAGGUCAUGCACAGCCACAGCAUCAGCGUGGUGGAGGAGGCCGUGCUGGAACCCAACCACCAAGCUGCACACACACCACACACUCCUGCAGCUCUGGGUUACUCUGUGCCCACGGUGCCAAACGGUGUGACCAGAAUUCCCUCUGUGGGCGAGGUCCCAUCACACCCUUCCACCCGCCACCCGUCUGUGGCGAGCACCCGUCUGCCCUCAGUGGGAGAAGAGUCUACACACCCCCUACUAGUGGCUGACGAGGCGGUUCACACCUACGUCAAUACCACGGGGCUGCUGGAGGACCAGCCCAGCCCGCUGACAGUCACAACCCCUCUGGAGAGUCCUGGCUCUCCGCAGUCACAGUGUCCUCCGACCCCUCCACCUCCCCCAAGGGUCCGCACUGAGCCCCCGGCCCCGCCAGCCCAGCCGGAGCCACAGGUGCUGCUGGAGCCCCAGGGGGUGCGCUUCGUUCUGGGACCCACCCCUGUUCAGAGGCAGCUGAUGGCCAAGGAGAAAGAGAAGCGGCAGCAGGAGGCGAGGGAGUCCAGGGACGCCGAGGAGCCCAGAGAGACUAAUGGCCAAACGGACACUCAGCAAAGUGCCAAGGAGGCCCCCACCGAGGCAGAGCCGACCCCCACACACUCCAACGGCUCCUCCUCCACCUCCUCAAACCCAGCCACAGCCCCUCGCCGCCACCGCCCACCCCCCCUGACCCCCGACGUUCAGAAUGUCAACAACUCAGCCCAGCGGCGCACCGCCUUAUUGGACUACGAGAACCUGCCGGUGUUGCCGCCCGUCUGGGAGGCGAGGAAGCCGAGCUCCGAGGACGAGGAGAACGGUCGCAGCAGCAGCAGCAGCCUAAAGACGCCCUCGCUCAACGGCUACAACCACCAUCACCACCACCACCACGGCCUGCUGCACCACUCCUACUCCCACCCGCUGUCCGCCCACCCGCUGUCAGCAGCCCUGGAGCCCUCCCACAACUACGUGAACACCGAGAACGUGACGGCACCACUCAGCGCCCACCGGCCUGAUACGGCCCGCCGCCGCACUGAUGGACCCACCGUCUUCAACUUUGACUUCCGCCGGCCGCCACUACCGGGCCACCCCGAGCCGCCCAAGACGCUCAACUACAUCGAGGUGGAGAUGGACAACAGCGCCGGGGCGGGCAACAAGGGUGCCUCGGACGGCAGCAACCCCCACACGCCCCGUACCCCCACCUCCCCGCUGCCGCCCAGCACCCCCACGCGCCGCACCGAGCUCUACGCCCUCAUCGACAUCGAGCGUACCGCCGCCAUGUCCAACCUGCAGAAGGCCCGGCCGCGUGAUGACGGCACGUCGCGCAAAACGCGGCACAACAGCACCGAGCUGCCCACCAAAAGCACUGUCUGACCACGCACCUUUUUCCUAUUAACCUUUUUGUUUUGUUUUUUCUAAAUACGAUACACAGAGGCACGAAUGGUGCCAUCUUUAUAUUCACAUAAUGGAGAGACAUCGGAGAUGCAAAUAAGAGACUCCGCAAGUAAAAGUCUUAAAAAUGAGUUAACUGACUUUGUGUGGUUACCUGUAAAUGAAUUCAGGUAGACCAAAAAAAUUAAACCUAGGUACUUGCCAUAUACCAAUUUAUUCCUAUGGUAAUAUAAUACCUCUCUUCCUUCACUCAUUCUACAGUGCAUUUGGGUUGUUUAUUAUGUUAAUAAGACUGGACUGCAUUCCUCCUCCUCCUCACCCAUUCCCUCUCCUUAUAUGGUACAAAUCAGUAUUACUGAACAAAGCAUUCCAUUUAGCCUUUUUUUAUAUGAUUCACUACAUGCUGCUGUAAUUUCAGUAUCCAAGGAUUACAUGGUACACUACAUUAUGUUUCUGACUAUGUACAGUAGAUUCUGGCACAAUAAAUGUCUGUUCUGUUUUUAUUUGUA